UGCCCACUAGAGGGCGCCGCAGCAGCCGCGCCGCCUCCGACUCCGCGCGCCGGCGGGCCCAGCCCGUGACCCAGGCCUGGCGAAAUGGCGGCGAGGCGGUUGCUGAGCCGGGCCCUGCGGCCGCUCUGCGCUCCGGGGGCCCGGCCGCCCGCCAGGUAUCUGCAGACUGAAAAUCAUGAGUUGGUACGUCAAGAAACGUCUUCUGCUAAAACGUUAAUGGAUAUUGGAACUCGAAGGAUCUUCUCUUCGGAUCAUGAUAUCUUCAGGGAAAGUGUGAGGAAAUUCUUCCAGGAAGCAGUGCUUCCUUAUCAUGCAGAAUGGGAGAAGGCUGGCCAGGUGAGCAGGGAGCUCUGGGAAAAAGCUGGACAACAGGGACUGCUCGGUGUCAAUAUAUCGGAAAAACAUGGUGGCAUUGGAGGGGAUCUGCUCUCUUCAGCAGUGGUCUGGGAGGAGCAGAUGUAUGUUAAUUGUUCUGGCCCAGGAUUCAGCCUUCAUUCAGAUAUUGUCAUGCCCUACAUCGCAAACUAUGGCUCAAAAGAUCAGAUUGAACGGUUUAUCCCUGAAAUGUCUGCAGGCAAAUGUAUUGGUGCUAUAGCCAUGACAGAACCUGGGGCUGGCAGUGAUUUGCAGGGUGUACGAACGUAUGCCAAAAAGGAUGGAAGUGAUUGGAUUCUCAAUGGAAGUAAGGUAUUCAUCACUAAUGGCUGGAUGAGUGAUUUAGUGAUUGUGGUUGCCGUUACAAACCGUGAGGCCCGCUCCCCUGCUCAUGGGAUCAGCCUUUUUCUGGUGGAGAAUGGAAUGAAAGGAUUCAUCAAAGGACGCAAGCUGGAAAAAAUAGGCCUGAAAGCACAGGACACAGCAGAGCUGUUUUUUGAAGAUGUACGUUUGCCAGCCAGUGCCUUGCUUGGACAAGAGAACAAAGGGUUCUACUAUUUGAUGGCAGAGCUCCCUCAGGAAAGACUGUUGAUUGGUGAUAUGGCACUUGCCAGCUGUGAAUUCAUGUUCGAAGAAACAAGGAACUAUGUUAAACAAAGAAAAGCUUUUGGGAAAACAGUUGCACAUUUACAGACUGUGCAGCACAAGUUAGCGGAACUGAAAACUCAGAUUUGCGUGGGCCGGACAUUUGUGGACAGCUGUCUCCAGCUGCAUGAGGAGAAACAUCUGGACUCCUCCACAGCUUCCAUGGCAAAAUACUGGGCGUCUGAUCUCCAAAACAGCGUGGCUACUCAGUGCGUACAACUCCAUGGAGGAUGGGGGUACAUGUGGGAGUAUCCAAUUGCAAAAGCUUUUGUGGAUUCUCGUGUCCAGCCAAUCUAUGGUGGAACCAAUGAAAUAAUGAAAGAGCUCAUUGCUAGAGACAUUGUGAUUGACAAGUAGGCACAUGUCUACGCUGAAGACUGCUUCCUGAAUCCUAUCACAAUUAAUACGGUAUUAAAUCAGGCACCAGAAUGCAAGUACUAGUACUGUGUUGUGUUGAGGAAAAGGAACCAUUGUUAAACUAUUGUAGUUACAAAUGUCCCAUGUUGUUACUGUAGUUUAUCUGUGGACUCUAAUAUUUAAUUAAUAUUAACUUGUAACACUCUCUUUCCUGGUGGAAAACACUAGGACUAAUUCUUUGAUUACAAAAAAUCUGAGGCAAGAAGAUCAUAUGUAUUGGUAGUGAAAAGUAUGGUCACUUUGGAAUGUUACAAUUAACUUGAAAUCUUUGAAACAUAAUGUCAUUAUAUUAAAUCCAGUCUUAACUGUUCAGAAUUAAACACAAUCAGAUUGUCAAAGAAACCACUUUCUUCUUAGAAAAUAAAUAACAGCUGAGGUGUUUAAAAAAACAAAACACCAAAACCACAACUUUGGAACUACAGUGUUAAAUGUAACUAUAGAACUUGGACCUAUCACUGACUCACUGCCACCCCUUUUUUAAUAAUAUAUCUGUUUGAGAAUGUAAUAGAUUUUCCUCCUAUAAUCAUCUGGCUUUUUGCAUUGCAUUCAUCUAUGAUGAUGAGAACAAAUGAGUGAGUGACUUACAUUUUUGAGCUUUAUAAUGAAUUACAAAAAUAUAAUAAGCUUUACAAUGAAACUCAAUGUGCCUUAUUUCAAUAUGUACUUAUUUUGUAUAAAUAAGCUUAAUAAAAAUUUAAAAUGCAAAAUAUCAAUUUUCUGCAUUACUUGAAAAAUCAAAGUCAAAUACUAUAAAAUAACUAUGGAAGUGCCCUAGCGCCAUUUUAAUAUGGUUUGUCAGAAAGGGCACACUUUAGUUCAGUGUAGCACAUCCUCUGAUUGUUGUUAAUCUGUGUGAAUGCCUCUGUAAAAGGCCUAUUGGCCAAUUCUCAGUAGGUCUGCAGUCAUCAGUUAGAGGUUUAGGUAUCUGAGUAGAGUGUGCUGCUAAUACAGGCCUUUAUAGCUUUUAAAUAUUUGCUUUGAAUUAGCCUAAUUACUCAACUAUAGAAUUGUGUUUUUUGCUAAGUUAAAUGUGUAAUUAGUGAUUUGACUACUAUGCACUUUACAGAUCUGUUAUCUUUUAGAAAUAAGCUGUGGUAGCAUUAUGGUUUCUGUAAUAUGGUUUAAAGGGACAGAGCUUAUCACUUGUGGCAUACUGGCAUUUUUAGCAACAGAAGCCAGGAACUGAAUGGAAACUGAUCAACCUAUUUACUUUAGAGGUGAACUUGUCAUAUUAGGAUUGAAAAACAGUGGGGCAGUAAGAAAAGCUUAUGGCUGCUUCUGUUCGUGCUAAAAUUAGUGUUUGGAUUAACAGAUUUCUGUUUCUAGGGCUGUCAGUCACAACCAUUACAUUAAUUAAAUUCUACAAGUGCUAAAUUCAUUCAGAAAUAAAGGUGAUGGACCAAAAACUUGUCAAAUGAAUAAACAUGUACCUUUUUAUUUC